AUGCGAGCCGUACUUCAACGCGUCAAAGGCGCCACCGUUCACGGUAAGUUGCUUGUUCGCCUUGCAGCCACCUGGCAGAUUGAACGGCCUAGACUGACUCUCCUUUUUGUGACACGUGCGAUCGACAACAUAGUGGAUGGAAAACUGGUGUCAAAGAUCGGACCAGGCAUCGUAGCCCUCGUCGGCAUCUCAACCGAAGACACAGCAGCGGAAAUUGUACCAUUCGCCAACAAGAUCCUCAACACCAAACUGUGGAACGAGAACCAACAAGCGACUCAGAUCCUCGUUCCACCACAAUACGAGCCCGAACCUUCACCUACCGCCAACGAAGACACACCCUCUUCCACCUCCGCAGCAGCCGCAUCGAACGGUGAAGCAUCAGAAUCCACCAACGCAAGAGCAGAACAAGUCUGGGGUGGCAAACCCUGGAAACGCUCCGUCGUCGAACUCGGUGGUGAAGUGCUCUGUGUCUCCCAAUUCACCCUCUUUGCCCGCACAGUCAAGGGCACAAAACCCGACUUCCACCGUGCCAUGGGAGGCGAUAGUGCAAAGGUCAUCUACGAAGCUCUGCUCAAGAAGUUGGGAGAUGGCUAUGCGCACGAUAGGAUCAAGGACGGUGCGUUUGGUGAGAUGAUGGAUGUUUCGUUGACGAACGAUGGACCUGUGACGAUCUUGUUGGAUACCGCGGAGAAGAAGUAG